AUGCCGCCGCGUCGUAGAUCUGUUAACCAACUGGCACCACAGAAUCAAGAGUUCAUGGAUGCCAUGUAUGCUGCUUUCCAAGACAUGGCCACUCGAGCUCAGAAUGAGCGACCGACCAAGGAUAGGAAGCAUAGUUACUUCCGUGAGUUUAGACGUGCACCUAUCCCCAUAUUCAAUAGUGAGGGAGGACCCCAGGAAGCAGAAUAUUGGUUUGACUCCAUAGUUAAGCACUUGAACACUAUAAGAGUGCCGAAAGAAUAUUGGGUAGAAUUCGUGGUGUAUAAGAUGGAAGGUCAAGCGAGUAAUUGGUGGAAACAGGUGAGGAGAAGGCUUAAUGUCACGGGAAUGACUUGGGAGCAGUUUAAAGUUCUCUUCAAUGAACAAUACUUCCCUCAAAGCUAUAGGGAUGAAAAGGCAAUAAAGUUUAUGUCUUUGUUACAGGGUGACAUGUCCGUGAGUGAGUAUGAGGUUAAAUUCAACGAUCUGUCCCGGUUUGCACCAUCUCUGGUGGAGUCCAAACACCUAAAGUGUCUUAAAUUCGAGAAGGGUCUUAAGAAUUCCGUAAGGAGACCCUUAGUGGCUCUAAGGAUCCAAAAUUUCCGAGACCUGGUGGCUGCUGUUAUAAGCGUGGAACAGGAUAACUUAGCCUAUUAG